AUGGUUGAGCAAAGUACAAAAGGAAAAAAGUCUACACGCGUUCCUGACAAAUCGUUCAAUCAAAUGGAGAUUCAACCUCAGUCGGGCCCCCUGGUGGGGGGGCGCCAAUUUGAACGGCUCAUUGGACUAUUCAAGCGAGACUUUUACAAAACCAUUGGGAACGGCAACCUAAAACGGGAAGAACUGAGUGAGGUAAUCCUUGAUAUCGAAGUGGCACUUAACAACAGACCGCUAAUGUAUUUAGAAGAUGAUAUUGAACUACCCGUCCUCACCCCUAACACCAUGUUAAACAUCAACCCAAGCGUUUUACCCGAGAUGGGAACUCACCUCAUCGACGAAAAGGACUUACGCAAACGAGCCAAAUUUCUCAAGAAGUGCAAAGAAACUAUGUGGAGGCGGUGGUCAAGAGAAUACAUUAGAAGUUUACGUGAACGCCAUCGACAGGUAAGCCAGAAGAAUACCUCACAUCCCAAAGCCGGAGACGCCGUGAUCAUUCAAGACGAGAAGAAGAACCGAAACCUGUGGAAAUUGGGGAUUGUUGUCGAGCUGAUAAGAGGUCGUGAUGGAGUUGUACGUGCGGCCAAGGUGAGGACAACUAACGGUUGCCUCGACAGAGCCAUCCAGCACUUGUUUCCUAUGGAGUUGUCUUGUGAUAAAGUCGAACCAAAGAAACUGGAUCCAACAGCACCGGCAUUUGAACCACGACCAAGACGAGACGCCGCCGCAGCUGCGAAUGUUAGAAUUCAGCUGACAGCAAGAGAAGAAGAAGAGGAGAACUGA